GUACGUAAAUGCGUAACAUUCGGUCCACGUGCCCCACAAGCAGAUUUCAUAUGGGAACGGAUCACGUUGGGAAGGAAAAGUGAAGAUUGUCUCUAUCUCAAUGUUUUCACGCCUACAUGGAAAUCAGAAGAAGACGAGUGUAGCCCAAAGAAUUCCAUAUUCGUCCUCCUCAUUGCUCCCUUCACAUCUUUAUACCAAAUCCGCAUACCCAACAUCAACCGCGGGCACGUCGCUACGCAGGCACCUUCGCGAAGCGGUAUUCCACAUGGGACCCGUUGGCGCGCAGGACACGCCGUCAUGGUAUACGUCCACGGAGGAGGGUACUUGAUAGACUCUGCUGUGAAAUAUGGCGAUAAGGGAAUUGCAAAAUAUCUUUGCCGACAUAAUGUCGUUGUGGUCACCAUACAAUAUCGUCUAGGAUUGUUAGGAUUCUUUUCAACUGGUGAUGAUGUGUGUCCUGGAAACCUCGGUUUAUGGGAUAUGACUAUGGCUUUGCAAUGGGUUCAAGACAACAUCAACGCCUUUGGCGGAAAUCCGAACAAAGUCACAGUGUUUGGACAAAGCGCCGGUGGAGCUAGUGUCGAUAUAUUGGCUCUUAGCCCUCAUUCCAGAGAUUUAUUUCAACAAGUGGUCCCUAUGGCUGGCAAUGCUGAAUGCACUUGGAGCACUGUAAAUCGAACGAGGCUUGUGGAGUCUUGCAAAGAAUUUGCGCGAAGACGAGGAUGGGAAGAUACCCAAACGAGUGAGAGCAUGUUAGAGUGCCUCAAAAAUCGAAAAGUUAGGGAAUUUGAAAGACGUCUUAUUACCGCAAAGGGUAUGGAUGUGUCAAAAAUUGGCCUCGAUUUGGCGCCA